AUGGAUGUCUGCAAAACGGUGUAUCUGCACUCGAGAGACACUAAAGAGGAGCUGAGCAGCACUGGAACAUCGUAUUUAAAUCGAGGCGAAGCGGCAAUCGUCGAGCGCCUCAUUUUGACUCUCAUCAGAAAUGGAGCAUCGCCUGAGCAGAUAGGAGUGAUAACGCCGUACAUUGGGCAGCGCAAUUUCCUCCGAACUCUGCUGCAGCGGGGCCCAACAGCAGCAGAAGUAGAGAUCAGCUCUAUUGAUGCAUUUCAGGGUCGCGAGAAGGACAUUAUUAUCUUCUCUUGUGUGCGCAGCAACACAAACAGGUCAAUAGGGUUUCUGGCUGAUGCUCGUCGUUUGAAUGUUGCACUGACUCGCUCUCGUCUUUGUUUGUUUAUUUGCGGCAACGCGGAUUUGCUGUUUCAGCAGCGCCCAAAGAGCAGCUUAAAGAGUGCUACUGCUGCAGCAGAUGCAGACGCAGCAGCAGCAGCAGCAACAGCAGCAGCAGCAACAGGGGAUGAUGAAGAAGCAGAAACAGAGCCGCCUACCUGGUCUUUGCUGCGAGCAGCUAAAGCAGAAUUCUUAGAGCAGCUUCCUGUAUGGAGGCUGCUGCUGCAGCACUAUGACAGCCACAGCAGCAUCGUGACAGGGCCUUUAGGGGCGCUGAGGCAGGUGCAGCUGCAGCAGCAGCAGCAGCAGCAGCAGCAACUUAUGAUGAUACCUAAACAGCAACAGCUGCGCCAUGGGAAACCAAAGGGUCUUGGUGCAGACGCAAAAGAAACAAACAGCAGCAGCAGCAGCAGCAGCAGCAGCAGCGAGAAUAAUAAUAUAAAGACAGCCGCCACUGAGCCGUCGUUUGCUGCAGACCUCAAGAGGGAAGACGAUUGGGAGUUUACUGGCAGGCAGCAGCAGCAGCAGCAGCACGAGGUGCAGCAGCAGCCCUGCAAGGUUUUUAAGAACAUUACUGGCAGCAGCAGCGCCAUACGCUCUUGCUACCAGUAUCAGCGCUUUAAGUUGCAGCAUCAGCAACACCAGCAGGAGCAGCAGCAGCUGGUGCUGCUGCUGCUCCUGCUGCACUCUGUUAACAGAGUGAAGCAAUAG